CCACGCCUGACUCACACCAUCAUCCUCCUCGGACCUCUUGCAGUUUCCCUUGUUGACACAGACCGUCCUCCUUAAACUUAGAGCUAGUCGAAAUUUUUGACUUGUCUCUCUCUUCCUCAUUCCUAUUAGCUGAUGGGAUAAGUUUAUUGUAAUCCUCGCAACAGACGCCUGCUCUGGAACCGCAACAAUCUCUGCACAUAGAACGAAGGUCAAACACGAGAGAACACUUCACGAUACUUAUUAUUUAAACACCCUACCGUUAUACUACGGACAAUGAUCUCAUUCAAGCAUCCAAACCUCUUCCGCCCCAAUAGUCGUCCCACAUCACCAAAUUCCCCGUCCCGUCCCGAACCCGCCAUGAUCCUGGAGAGGACACCCCGACCUCUCACCAAGCUCUCUUUCAGUGGCUUCAAACGAUCGUCAUCUUCGACGUCUAUCUACUCCCCCCCUCCAACUCUGCUUGUACAAGACGGGUCUUACCUACAGGCCCUCAGUCUCAAGCUCAGUGAGGCGGUUUCAAAGGCAAUGAUGCAGCCCACUGGUCCAGUGGCUGUUGGCGAGUUGGUUGGAGGCAGACGUCCAAUUCCUGCUGGUCGUGGGCGAGUUCUCGGACUUCUAAUUGCCUCUGAGCUCAAGGCAUGUCAAAACAAUCCACAUUUGCACAAGGCUAUCCUUCGUUCACUUCACAGGCCAUUGUCUGUUCUACUCAGUAACCUCUCGGCACUCCUUCUUCCACUCCUUUCCUCGCCAGCAUUCCUUUCUACGCUUGUUCCCACUGUGCAGGCUCCCAAUCCCAAUGCAACUCAGCUUCAUGCACUUGCAGCAGCUGGCUUUGCAGGAGAGCUUCUCGAAAGCUUCGAUGAAAUGAGUUUGGGCUUUGAAAAUGAUGCGAGAGGAGACGGGUUGAAGGCGAUUCGUGAAGGCCUCGUUUCCCUCAUUGGGCGUGUUGUGAACCCGCUCAUUACGGGCAUCCAGUCUGAACUGAUACCUCUCCUGGAGUCUCUGGAGAAUCCUGUUGCUGUUAGCGUGCCUAAGACAGGUGCCAAAGCUCUCCACCCAUCAAUCGUAUCAUUACAGGCACUCAUGCCUGUGUACGCUCGUGCAUUGACGCAGUACACGACAACCCUUCCCUCCCAGACGACCUUGGCGACUUUCUUGAUCUCGAUGAUUUGGAGAGCGCUCGUUGCUUUCGCUAAUCGACCCCGAGUGAAGCCUUCACCGCCAACGUCACCACUGAGUUCGCCACAGCUCACACCUUUAACCAAGAGGCAGCGUGCCAUUUCUGGUAAUACAUCGGCAACUCCUCCCCCUACACGGUUUGCUCUUAAACUGCCUUCACGGCCAUCGUCUCCUCCCGACAUCUCGGUUACUCCGUCAGCAGCUGCUGACGCACGUGCGCUCUAUGAGCUCAUGGCUCUUCUUCCACGUCCGUCUGCAGAGUGUGAUGCGACACGCGUAGCUCGCGAGGCUGUCGAUGAGGCGCUUUCUGACUUGACGGCUCUGGCUACAUUGCUUGAAAACAUAGGCAAUCCUCUGUUCAAGGUUGGCAAAUCCCAUGAAGCAAUUCUAGAGGAGAUCGAGAGGAUCACUGCUGAUCUGCCAACUCUCAUCGCAUUGCCUGUGCUCCUACGGAGUUACUCCAGAGUCACAAUUGAGUCACCAUCCAUUCCGUCGAUCUCCUCUAUCAUCAAUGUCUCCGAAGAUGAAUAUAGAAAGAGCUGCCUAUCAGGUUUUGGGCGAGCAGAACAGUGUAGCAACAUCAUCGGUCAUAGCGUGCUUGACUUCCUACGCGACCAAGGUGGCUUACAGAGCAUUGUUGAGCAGUGGCUGGAGAACCGAGUAGAUGUCGUUGAGCAUUGACUGUAUGGACCCAAUGAUCUGCAUAGGUACUCCUAUCUCGCAUCUUGUGAGUUAGUAUCUGUCCUUAUGUAUCGAUCUAUUACAUCGUCCUCGGGUUAUCAUUAUUUAGAAUGGUUUAACUUAUCUAGACUGUUUUUUUUCGUUCGUUCUCAGUUUCGUCAGGGCUGUCUCCU